UAAAUUAAAAUCUUAUUUGUAAUAAUACAGAGAGCAUAUAUUUGCUAUGUUGCAAAGCUCUCAGUUGACCAAAUACAAUUGAAGCCCUAUUCUUUCAGAAAAAAAUGAAAUUGCCAUCAAUUUGUGAUUGAAUCUCAUUGUGAUAAAAGUUCAGUCUGCUGUGGUGUUUUUUCUGUGUUUACUUCAUGGUUAUCUUGAUAUGCUGAUGAAGUGUGAGCAAAGAUUAAGCAAAUUGGUCAUGAUGCUGCAUGUCCCAAAAUAGCCCUCGAGCAGAACUGAGAGGCUUUGACCAGCGCUCUGAGGAAUAACGGAGGAACGCCUUCCGGUAUUUUAGCCGCUACAAAUACGGUGAAAUGUGAGAUAUACGGCACCAACAUGAGCGACAACAUGAGCGACACACCGGUCCAGGAGCCACGGGGCCGGGGAUCGUCCUCGGGCAGCCGGCACACGGCUCCCUCCCUGCCCUUACAGCCGACCUCUGAUCCCUCCGCUCCGAGAAGGGUGUGCUUCUACAAAAGCGGCGACUAUAAAUUCAGCGGGCACCGCAUGGUCAUCAACGCUCGCACCUUCAAGACCUUCGACGCCCUGCUGGACGCCCUGGCCAAGAAAGUGCCCCUGCCGUUCGGCGUGCGCACCAUCACCACGCCGCGCGGGAUCAACCUGGUCAAGGCGCUGGACGACCUGCGCGACGGCGGCUCGUACGUUUGUUCCGAUAACAAGCGGGUGAAGCCAUUGAACCUGGACGAGGUGAACCGGCGCCAGGUGCCGUGGAACGCCACCAGGCCCCUCGGCACGGGGCGGCGAGGGCGACAAGGGCCCAAGCCCUUGGGCCCGUUCGGCGGGAAGAGCGAGGUCGCCGUCGUCGCCGGCAGGCAGGCGAGGAUCACUGAGAGGGGCGCCGUGCGGACCCCAAAGAGGCUCGUGGUCGUCAGGAACCGGGAUCCCACGGUGAAACGCACAAUUGUGCUCCAGAGGAGGAUCGCUCCGACGUUUGACGCUUUGCUGGAUUACCUGUCCCAGAUCCUGCAGUUUUCAGUGCUGAAACUGUUCUCUACGGAUGGUAGAAGAAUCGAUGGCCUCGCAGCACUCAUCCUGUGCUCGGGAGUUGUCGUGGCAGCGGGCAGUGAGCCCUUCAGACUAGGAACCUACAGUUUUCACGCAGCAAGCCAGAUGGCACAAGUAAUGUACGUAGAGACCGUGGAGCCAUCUACGUUGCAGCCCGCAACCCAGAACCACAAAUCUCUGUCGAGUGGAAGGGCCUCCAGGAAUUUUUCCCUGUCAUCAGAGAGAUACAUCGUCGACCAGAUAAAAAAGUCCAGUAGCGGAACCCCCGAGGGACGCCAGCGUCACCGCAGCGGAUCGCCUGAGACGGAGGCCCCCCGUGGUGACGCAGCCCCGGAGGCGCGUGGCGUAGCCGGGCGGGUGGGUCGCGAGCGCCGCGCCUGCAUCGUGCCUCGAGACGACGACAUCGAAAAGUCUUUCUGUGUGAACCAAGACGGCAGCAUGACGGUGGAGAUGAAGGUUCGUCUGACCAUCAAGGAGGAGGAGAUGCUCCACUGGACCACCACGCUCAGCCGCUCCAGCCUUGGCAAGGGAACGGCCUGUGCCUCCGUUUCCGAGCCGGGCAACAGCUCACCCGAGUCGAACGCCGCCGCUGCCCAGGGCUCUUCCGACGCCAGCGAGGAUGAGGCGAGAGAGGAGGACCGCCCCGCCGGGCCCGGGAAGGGUGUGGACUUUCGCACCCAACCGGCAGAUGAGGGCCGAACUGCGGGAAACGCAAAGAGCGGCGCAAAACGCACAGCCACGCCGGGCCCCCGCCGCGUCACCAAGAAGGCGUCCGUUGAGAGCGUGAAGACGACGACCGGGUCAGGGGUUCAGCUGAGCACCCUGGGGCGUUACUCCUACACGGAGAGGGGGGCUGACGGCGAGAAGACUGAGGGAUACUGCGUCGUCAAGAAAAGCAGCAGCAGCAGCAGGAGAAACAACGAGCCCCUCCCCAAAGCGAGGAUGACGGCGUCCGCGGGGGCGAGCGACCAAGGCUGCCGCUCGUCCGCCAGGUCCUCGGCGGUAGGCGAGGUUCUUGGGAUUCAGAGCAACGGGAUGGAGGUGACGGAAACCGUGAUGCACAUUUACGAGAGUCAAGGUUGCUACGACAACUAUUCCGCGAAUGAGGAAUACAGCGCGGAGAGUGGGACCGUCAAUCGCUCCACUUCGGCGCCGGAGAGCAAACCGUCCACCGAGUCGGGCCAACGCUCGUCCGGGAACGAUUGCGACAUAGAUUUGAGCUGGCAGCCGCCCACUACUCACUCGCAGCAGAGACAGAAAGAGGACAUGCUGUCGUUGUCUUCAGAGCCUGUGACUCCGUCCAAUGGGAUCAGCGUCAAUGCGGCAACAAACUCGCAGAUACGGGAGAAAGCGAAAAAAGACAAAACUCCUAAAAGCGAGACAAAGAAAAAGGCGAAUAAAGCAGCCCGGAAUGAGGGGGGUUUUACUUCAACGAGCAGCUCGGAUAAAAAGCAAAACCCAAGUAUAGUUAGCCCCCCAAAAAACGGAAAAGAUUCAUCCACGGACAAGCUUAGCAACUAUGCCAGUCUGGAAAAAAAGACUUUAAGUUCAUCGGGAAGUGCUAAAAGCGGUCAAAAGAGUAGAGGAGCGAAAAGGCCUCAAAUUAACAAAGCAAGAAAGGAUGAAAACAGUCCGAGGAAAGAACCUGCCUUAUUGAAUGCGGGAAGGACCCCACCUAAGAGGCUAAACGUGGGAAAACCAGCUGCUAAAGAUAACGGCCAUAAUGUAAACACUCCGACUGGGAGGCCUCAAAUGAAGAAGAACUUGUCAGACAUUUUACAACCCAACAAAUCCCUUUUGCCGGGCAAAAAGACAAUUAGCAGGCCCAAAUCCAUGACUGAAAGCAGAGUACCUUCACCUAAAACCUCUUUACAGUUCCCUGAGAGUUCGUUGCCUUCUCUCACCCCUUCCCCCUCCGAAGUCCACCAAUAUGUCGAGAACUGGCUGGACAAGGUCAGCCCGGACCCAGUGCCAUACACCGAGGAGGCCACCGAAGACAAAUCACAGCCUCCCACGAAGGUCGUCUUCAAGAUCGGCGACGACUCAGAAUCGGAGGAAAAGGCCCGGUCCCCGACGCCUCCGGAUGAGGCGCAUCUGUCCCCCGGCGACGCCAUCAGGCGAUCGGCUUCGCUGGCCGAUUGCUGCGGAGCCAGGGCUUUGCCGCACGGCGAGCAGCACGGGAGAGGUCUGUGUGUCUCCAUGCCGAGUGUCAGAGUCGACCUGGCGCAGCAGCAGCAGCAGGAGGAGGAGGAGGACGGACCGAGGCCGCACCCGACCGGCGGCGGGCCGGCGGCUUCGUCCACAUGCAACCUUUUGCAUCCCAAAGCAAACACUGGACAUGUCCUGCACGACCUGUACUCAUCCAUCCACUGCAUCAGAAGUGCGUGUGAGGCCGAGGCGACGCCCGGCCUCAAGAAGUCGAGCAGCCUCCCCAAUAUCUCGACACAAGUGGCGUCGGUGUUCGGCUCGUCGUGCAAAGCCUUCAUGUCGUUCCUAUCGGUGGUGACCCUGCGGGAUAACCUUACCACGCCAGCGCUGGGAGACGGCGUCGAGCACGAGGACCUGCUGACGCUGGAGUCCCUGCAGAAGAUCUCCGCCGCGGAGGACGAGGAAGAGCUGAGGGCGAGUUUGACGGAUGUGCAGAGCAGAGCGUCUUCUCGGCUCAGGGAGCGCUGGGGCGAUUUCCAGACUCUGAGGGAAAGGCUGGAAAGUGAGCCGCUGUCUCCCAAGUUUUCGGACACAGAAUUCGCCCUGGACGUCGCCUCCGAAGCGGGCGACGCAUUCGAGAACAUCGAGGAGCUGAUGGACGAGCUGAAUAUGCCGCAAGACCUGCGGGCAGAGAUUUCUUCGACGAUCCAACAAGCUAAGAGUUUUUACCCCGUGGAGGAGAGCACUUUUGUGGAAAACGAAAGAGACCCGUCGGACUCAGAGGACGACUUGGAGCAAUUUGUUGAGUGCAACAAUCAAAGAAAACCGGAGCCUGAAACUACCUCCACACCCGGGGACAUUGAUUCAACCAAAGGGGGUAACGACAUUGGAGAGAUAGAUGAAUCAGAGAUAAAGCAACCGAUGUAUUCUGAAUCAGAACACGAACACGAUAGAGAACCAGAAGUAUCACACACAGACACAGAUGAGAUCUUAAUAAACAGAGAAAAUGACGAGGAAGACGAGGAACUAGUUAAGGGAAGGAAGGACGAGGAAGGAACAGAGGAAGAGAUGGCGGUGGAGGAGGAAGAUGGGGAGAAACAAGAAGAAGCACAGAAGGUUUCAAUGGAUGAGGAUGUUCAAGAAGCGAGAGAGGAUGACAGCGUAGAGGAGACAGAUGAGAGAGAGGGCAAUGAUGAGACAGAGGAAGAGGAGGAUGAGGGGGUGGAUGUGAAGAGACUAGGGGAUGAGACUGAAGAAGACGCAGGUGAGGUAUCCGAUGAAGAAAAUAUUGUGGCAGAAGUGAAGGAGGAGGAAGAGGACGAUGCAGGUGAGUCCAUAGGGGAGACAGGUGAAAUAGAAGAGGUAGGUGUUAUUAAAGAAGCUGACGCGGAAGAGGAAGCAGAUCAGUCCAUGGGGGAGACAGAUGGAGAGGGUGUGGGAAAUAUUGACCAAUCAGAGGAGGAGGAGGCAGACACAGAUGAUUUUAGUGAAGAUGCUGAGGAGGAGGCAGAGGAAGAUUUUGAGGAUGUUGAGAAGGACAAUAGUCAGGAAAUGACUGCAGUUAUUGAGGAGAAAGAUGAGGAAGAAGAUGUAGGAUAUAUAAUUAACGAGAUUCAGGAGGAGGAGGAGGAGGAGGAGGAAACAGAAGCCCUGACCGAGAAACCUGUUGAGGGGGAGGUUAUUGAGGAGAAAGACGAGGUUGAUAUGGACGAAGAGGAGGGAGAACAAGAGCUAGUGGAGGAGGGCGAGGAUGUUGAGGUCAAAAAUAUCAAAGAACAGGUAGUUACAGUUGAGGAGGAUGAAGAAGACAAAAAUGACAGGAAUAUGAAAGAGGAAGAAAAGUGGGAUGAGGGUGAGGAGAGCGAGAAAGAGCUGCAGGAAACAGUAGACAGUCUUGAGGACCAAUCGGUAGGGGAGAAGGAAGUCGAAGUAGACAUGGAAGCAGCGCAAAUGUCAGAGAGGGAAGAUGAUGAAGAAAGGGACAGCAAGGACUUCAACGAGGGGUCAAACGAGACGCAAGAAUCAAUGGACGCGGUGGAGGGAGAAAAGGCCUCAGAAAGCAGCUGCGACGAAGCCGGUGGCGACGCGAAGGCCGUAGACCCCGACUCGCCAACCCAAUACUCCCCCGAGUGUCAGUGUGAGGACGACAAAGGCAACGGGACGGACUCUGUAAACGGAUUUCAAACAGACGAGGGAGGGGAGCCUUGCGAGGAGGGAAGCGGCACUCCGCAACAUCCCGUGGAAAUAUCACAGGAACUGCUUGACUUCGUCAACUCUGCCCUGCAGUCCUCUUCGCUCGUAUUCGCGUAUGACGCUCGGGGGAACGUCAGGUUAGAGACGGACCGGGUCACACAGGAUAAACGACCUGCUACUCUGUGUAACCGGGUUGCGCAGAACAAACAACCCGCUAUUCCAAAAAGCAGGAAGGACAUUACCUACGGUUCAAAGCGCCUGCCGAGCCCGAGCACCUCGGGUUUGUCCGAUUACAGGCCAGAAACGUCGGAGAGCGGCGGAUACAAAACCCAGGAGUCUGUGGACGUGGUCACAGACAGCGGAGAGGAGGCUCCGGCCCGCAGGCAAAAGCCCGUCGCCCUCGUCGGGAGAACAAACGCGGAGGAGCAGGCCGACCCCGAACCGCCGGGUACGAGCGACGCAGUCUCGCCAGAUUCCAGACAGAUAAGCGGAGGGAGUUUUUCUUCUCACGACUCGGUCACCGAAGCCUCCAAGGAGGAUCUGUCUUAUUUCAGCGCGGCCAGCUCCCAAAAGGCGGACACCGAACCGAACCCCGCCGCCCCAGAAGAAGACUCGGCCGACGGGGUACUGAUCGACCGAGGUCGAUGGCUGCUCAAGGAGAAUCACCUCAUCAGAAAAUCUCCCCCAGUCUCCCUGGGCAUGUACGGCCAAUUGGACAGCACAUCUGGAGAUACGGGUCCGGACGACGCCAGCCAGGAGUCCCCGUCUCGCCGCAAAUUCCAGAACGACCCUCUCGCAGCCGUAUCCUCUUCGGACCUCGAGGAGAUGGCGAAACCUCCGACUCCAAAGUGCACCUACUAUAACAUGCCGCACGGAAGCGAUUCCGACCCCUUUUCCGAUGAUAGCAGUGUCAAAAGUGGGAAAAGGGACGCGAGCAGUCUCCGAGGGAGAGGCUUCAGGGUGUCCCCUACAAUUGACACUUCCAAAACCUGGACAAACAAAAACAGUAGUACGUCUUCCUUUGCAUCGGUUGAGUUUAAAACACCAGAUAGAAAAGUGCAUCCCGAGGGGGAGUCAGUGGCUGUGACAAGAUGGACACCUGGUGGAGGACGGAGUGUACUGCAAGCACAGGACUCCCGCGACACACUCCACGUGAGAUGUAGCCGAUAUUGUCCCAUACUGUAAAAGCAGGAGGUUUAUCUCACGGAGUGAUGCACACGUGCUGGUCCCGCGUGGGCUUUUUGGUCUCGUGCUUUGUUAAUUUCGUUGUAAUGCAGCUAAAAAUGUGUUGUGUUUUGUCACAUAAUCAUGAAGUGAAGACAUUUCUUGCAGCCUCGAAAGAUGAGACGUUUUGAUUGAUGAGAGCUGUGCUUCUGAAUUAUAGGCAGAAAUGUACAAAUACACACAUUGACUUGGUGUCUUUUUCAUGGUAGCUAAAGGAUGAAGGAGGCCCGUCGGAGAGUUGAAGUAAAAUAAAUGGAAUAUAACUUUUCAGCAAACAGUUCGGCUAGAAUGCAAAACGUGUUUUCUGUGAUUACUAUUUCAUCUGCGGAGACUCUGUGGGACUCUUUUGAUACAGAUUAUUCUGUGAAAUCCAAAUUUAACCCUAACCCUAACCCAAAUUUAAUAUGAGGUCAUCUCUGAUCGAAAUGUUGUUUUGAG